UAUGUUAAAAGUUUGAAAUUAUUUACAAUAGAAAAUAGUGUAAAAAAUAGAAAAAACAUAAAUGAGAUUGAAACAUGUUUAGAUUAUAUAAUAGGGGAAGGUACAAACAUCUUCGAGACAUUUUUUACAGUACAUGUCACAGAAAGAAUUCUACAAUAAAUGCAAAUAACGAAUUGGAUCAAGGGUAUGUACCACACAAACUAGAACCUUUUAAUAAGAAUAAAAAUUAUUUCAAACCUCCUGUUAAAAUAAGUAAACCAUUCACUUUAGUAUUACCUCCACCGAAUAUUACAGGAACUUUGCAUUUGGGACAUGCCCUUACAGCUACAGUACAAGACGUUAUUAUAAGAUGGAAGCAAAUGCAGGGAAUAGAAACAGUUUGGAUACCUGGAAUGGACCAUGCUGGAAUUGCAACUCAAAUGGUUGUUGAAAAACUUCUUUGGAAAGGUUCUAAACAAACCAGAUAUGAUAUUGGGAGAGAAACGUUUUUGGAAAAAGUGCAGGAAUGGAAAAAUGAAAAGGGUGGAGUAAUAGGAGAGCAGUUGAGACAGUUAGGGGUACUUCUUGAUUGGGAUAAAGAAGUAUUUACAUUAGAUGAACAACGUUCUAAAGCUGUAAAGCAAGCAUUCAUACAGCUUUUUGAUACAGGAUUAAUUUAUAGAUCAGACUCAUUGGUAAAUUGGUCAUGCUUAUUAAAAUCAGCGAUAUCUGAUAUUGAAGUUGAACAACUUCCUAUUACUGGUUCAACCUAUGUUUCAGUUCCUGGAUAUGACAAACCUGUGGAAUUUGGUAUACUAACAAAGUUUGCUUAUAUAAUUGAAGGAACAGGUGAAGAAAUUGUUGUGGCUACUACUCGUCCUGAGACAAUGUUGGGUGAUGUUGCUGUUGCAGUACAUCCUGAAGAUCAGAGGUAUAGCAAAUUUAUUGGGCUUCAUCUGAAACAUCCUUUUAGACAUGAUCGAAUACCAAUCAUCGCCGAUGCCUUCGUAGAUCGUGAAUUUGGUACAGGUGCAGUCAAAAUUACUCCAGCUCACGAUUUCAACGAUUUCGACGUGGGAAAACGACACGCAUUGCAGGCUUUGUCUGUAAUUGACGAAAACGGACAUUUAACUCAGGCAUGUGGACAAUUCGCUGGACUUCCCAGAUUCGAAGCUAGAAAAGUAAUCACUGAGGAAUUGCGGAAAAUCGGAUUGUUAAGGGGCAGACAAGAUCACACAAUGGUUGUUCCCAUUUGCAGUCGUUCCAAGGACGUUGUGGAAUUUUUAAUUCGUCCACAAUGGUUUUUAAAUUGUGAUUCCAUGGCGGCCGAGGCAGUUCGUGACGUCAAGGAAGGCAGGUUGUCUAUAGAACCGAAAGAAUUGGAAAAAACUUGGUUUGCUUGGCUAGAAAACAUACGAGAUUGGUGCAUUUCAAGACAAUUAUGGUGGGGCCAUCAAAUUCCGGCGUAUUUAUGUUCUAGUAAAUCGACUGACAAAACUGUUUGGGUAGCAGCCGAAAAUGAACAAAUUGCUUUGAAAAAAGCCGCUUCUAAAUUGGGAUUGGAAUCUUCCGAUCUAGAAGCCAAAAGGGAUGAAGACGUUUUAGAUACAUGGUUUUCUUCAGCCCUUCAUCCGUUUUCGGUCUUCGGUUGGCCCUCUAAGACUGACGAUCUUUCCAAAUACUAUCCGUUAUCGCUAAUGGAGACGGGACAUGACAUUCUAUUUUUCUGGGUGGCUCGAAUGGUAAUGUUGGGAACCAAACUUACCGGCCAGCUACCGUUUAACAAAGUUUUACUGCACGGUAUCGUCUGCGAUGCUCAGGGACGAAAAAUGUCCAAAAGUUUGGGAAACGUUGUCGCCCCCGAAGAUGUCAUUAAAGGCGCCAGUUUAGAGAACUUGAAGAGGAUUUCUGAGACGAAUUACGACUUGGGGAUUCUUUCGAAAGAAGAAUUGGAUCGUUCUGUUCAAGGUCAGAAAAAAAUGUUUCCCGAUGGUAUACCAGAAUGUGGAAGUGACGCUCUUAGAUUUACCUUGAUGUCUCACAAUAUUAAAAAUUUUUACAUACAUUUUGACGUAAGGGAAUGUUAUACCAAUAAAUUAUUUUGCAAUAAAAUAUGGCAGGCGACAAAGUUCACGAAAUUGUGGUAUUCCAACGUUUCCGCUCUGCAAGAAUUAAAAGUCAUACAGUUUGACAGUCUUUCAAUCGUCGAUAAAUGGAUACUUAGUAAAUUAUCACACUGCGUAGAUAAGGUCAACGAAGGUAUGGAGAAUUUUGAUUUUUGUACCAGCACAGGCGCUUUGAAGAAUUUUUUGUAUUACGAAUUCUGUGAUAUUUACCUGGAAACAACGAAAAGAGGUCUACGAGCCGCAGAUGGUUUAGUAGCAGCAGGUCAUCUUUGGACGCUUUUAACUUGUUUAGACAUUGGCUUGAGGUCCUUAGCACCGUUCAUGCCUGUUUUAUCGGAACAUCUACAUACCCGUUUGCCGCUAUUUCCGGGAGAAGAGAAGGUUUUGGAAUAUCCUCAAAAGUUAAAUUGGACCAAUGGAGCCAUUGAAAAAUAUAUUGAAGAACUGAUGAAUGUAGUAGUUGCAAUUAGAAGACUGAAAAAGGUUUUUCGCAUUAGCGUUAAAGGUGGAUCAAAAGUUCAUCUAGUCUCUACUUCCUCGUUUUUAUCGAACUAUUCACAAAUAAUUGAGGAUUUAACCGGUUUUCAAAAUAUCACCGUUUCCGAUCGAAUAUCGCCGGAAUUUUCGAAUAAUAUUUUGAAAGAUAAAGUGGAAAACACGUACGUUUACGUGCAAGUAUCGGACGACGUGAAGAAGUCCUUGCAGCUGGAUUUGGAUAAAUCCGAAAAGAAAAUGGGAAAGUUGCAAAAAGAGCUGGACAGAUUGAAGAAAAUGGUGUCGCAUAAUAAUUACGUCGUUAAUGUCGAUGAAAAGAAGAAAGAACUUGAUUCAAAAAAGAUAAUUUCACUCGAGGACCAACUAUCAAGGCUACAGUAUUUUCAGAACAUUGCCAAAGGAUAGAUAAUAUAGUUACUUUUUUAUUUAUUUAAACAAAUAUUGUUUUUAUUUGAUCCCAUCCCUAUCCAAAUUAUACUUUCCCUAUAGUCUCAUCAGACGUCUAAAUGGAAUGUGAAGUGUUUAUAAAAAGUUUGUUCGCCUAUGGUUCGGUAGAUACAACCAUUGCAUAAAGAAUAGAAAUUGAAAUAGCUUUAUUGAAGAAACGUUUAAUACUGAAUUUGUUUAUUGGGUAUGGACGAUUCAAUAUGAGCAAUGACAAGCGAUA